AUGUCGAGGACUGGUGUCGCAAAUGUAACUUGUGCGGCUGUAAAGGGACCUCAGACUCGUAAUAGAGGUGCAUUGAAAUUGUACAAUGUUGGUGGACCAUGGGAGAGGAUAGCCAUUGACGUUGCGGGGCCGUUUCCGGAAAGUGAAAGCGGUCACACGUAUUUCAUGGUUGUGAUAGAUUACUUCACUAAGUGGCCAGAAGUCUCCGCCAUUUUCCAAGAAGCUUCAACAGUUGCAGAUAAACUAGUUCAUGAAGUCUUCUGUCGUUUUGGAGUACCUUUAGAGAUUCACAGCGAUCAAGGAAGGAAUUUUGAUUCUCAAAUAUUCCAGGAAACUUGCCAAGUUAUGGGUACACAUAAAACAAGAACAACUUAUUACCACCCACAAUCUAAUGGAAUGGUAGAACGAUUUAAUCAGACAGAAGUACCUAGCAAAAGUUGUGGAAAACCGGCAACGAAACUGGGACAAGCACAUACAACCGAUUUUGUUGUCAUAUCAAAGCUCUAUUUACGAAAGUACAUCAGUGACACCGGCUGCCUGCAGACCUGA